GGGGAAGGUGAUGUGGCGAAACUGCUUGGGCAACGCAGGGAGCAAAGAGGGGAAAUGACAGUGGAGAUUGCGCUGCUGGCAGUGUCAGAGGUCUUGCAGAAACAAACUCCUUUCUGCUGCGUGCGCGUUGCCUGCAGAAACGCCGCUCUGCCUGGAAACUCCGCCGGCUUUCAAUCAAACGCAGGCUCCUCCGGGAAAGGUGGAAGAGGUGGUGAAGUUUGCCAUCGAUGCCGGCUACCGCCACUUCGACUGUGCCUACUUCUACCAGAAUGAAAAUGAAAUAGGGAACGCAGUCCAGCAGAAGAUCAAGGAGGGAGCUGUGAAGCGGGAGGACCUGUUCAUUGUCACUAAGCUGUGGAACACGUUCCAUGAGAAGCCCCUGGUUAAGGUAGGACUCAAGAAGAGCCUUGCUGCACUCCAGCUGGACUACCUGGACCUCUACCUCAUGCAUUUCCCCAUGGGAUUCAAGGCUGGUGAAGAGCUGCAUCCUCUGGAUGACAAGGGUCACAGUAUUCCCAGUGACACAGAUUUUCUGGACACGUGGGAGGCCAUGGAGGAGCUGGUGGAUGCUGGCCUGGUAAAAGCCAUUGGUGUGUCCAACUUUAACCAUGAGCAGAUUGAAAGAAUCUUGAACAAGCCAGGACUGAAGCACAAGCCUGUAAUGAACCAGGUGGAAUGUCAUCCAUACCUGACCCAGGAGAAGCUGGUCAAGUACUGCAAAUCCAAAGGGCUGGCUGUGACUGCAUACAGCCCCCUGGGCUCUCCUAACCGCCCAUGGGCUAAGCCAGGGGAACCCACACUGAUGGAUGACCCCAAGAUUAAAGACAUUGCAGCUAGACAUAAUAAAAGCCCUGCCCAGGUCCUGAUCCGCUUUCUGCUCCAAAGAGGCAUCAUUGUCAUUCCCAAGUCUGACAAGCCACACCGUGUUGAGGAGAACAUGAAGGUGUUUGACUUUGAACUGUCCGAAAAGGAGAUGGAUGUCAUCCUCAGCUUUAACAGGAACUGGAGGGCAGUUCCAGUGAUCCAAGCUGUCAACCACAAGGACUACCCGUUCAAAGCAGAGUAUUAAACGCAGGACCUCCAUUUAACUCCUACCAGAUUAGAUGUGCUCUGCAGCUCGAUCUUAAUUUCUUCUUCUGUACUUGAUAAUCAUUAUGAGCAGUUAUUUUUUCCUGUUUUAAGAAGGACACCACUAACUGAUAUAAGAAUGCAGCAAUAAGGGUGGGGUUUUUGUAAAGAUGCUUAGCAGAAAUCUGUUUUUUAUUAGUAGUAAAAAGACAAUGUCUUUUCCUUUCCUUUUUAUCUGGUCUUUCUUAAUUAGAGACAUGCUUAAAAAAAAAAAAAGCCAAACAGGGACUUACAUGGAGUAUUUUAUAUAUUACUUCCAGUGUAGUCAGUCAUACUGGCUCAUGAGUCACUGUCAAAGAAUGCUCUAAUUACAUUGCUUUUUAUAUAUUUGUGAUUUUCAUUGUGUGUUUCUAAUGCUUUAAAAUUUUAUAUGAAUAAAGUUUAUUAACCACAAAA